UGAGUAGAUGUGGUUUGCAGAUUUUAAGGGGUGCCAGGUGAGGUCUUUGGAAGAGAAAAACCUUUUUGCUUUUCUUUCUAUUUUUUUUUUUUUUGUCAUUUAAGACUAUUUAAUUAGAUUGUGUGGGUGGGACUCUGGGACAGAUCUCCAGCUCUCAAGCAAGACACACAUUCCCUUGGAACAGAAAAGAAAGCACAUAGGCCCUUGGCUGCUAUCCCUCCCUCCAUGAUGUGGUUUUAUGUUCUGGUCUCUGUCUCACUCACUGCUUGCACAUCUUGGGGGCACACAUCCUCGCCACCUGUGGUGGACACUGUGCAUGGCAAAGUCCUGGGAAAAUAUGUCAGCUUGGAAGGAUUUUCACAGCCUGUGGCUGUCUUCCUGGGAGUCCCUUUUGCUAAGCCUCCUCUGGGGUCCCUGAGGUUUACUCCUCCACAGCCUCCAGAGCCAUGGAACUAUGUGAAGAGCACCACCUCCUACCCUCCCAUGUGCUCCCAAGAUGCAGAAGGAAAUAAGAUUCUCUCUGAUCUCUUCACCAAUAGAAAGGAGAGCAUUCCUUUCACGUAUUCUGAAGACUGUCUGUAUUUAAAUAUUUAUGCUCCGGUGGACUUGAAGAAGAAAAGAAGUCUGCCGGUGAUGGUGUGGAUUCAUGGUGGUGGUCUGGCAAUUGGUAGUGCAUCAACCUAUGAUGGACUGGCCCUCUCUGCCCAUGAAAAUGUGGUGGUGGUAACCAUUCAGUACCGACUAGGCAUCUGGGGAUUCUUCAGCACAGGGGAUGAACAUGGCCAGGGGAACUGGGGUCACUUGGACCAAGUGGCUGCACUGCACUGGGUCCAGGACAACAUUGCCAACUUUGGAGGGAACCCAGGCUCUGUGACCAUUUUUGGAGAAUCAGCAGGUGGUGAAAGUGUCUCUGUUCUUGUAUUAUCUCCCCUGGCCAAGAACCUCUUCCACAGGGCCAUUUCUGAGAGUGGUGUGGCCCUAACCGGUAAUCUGGUCAUGAAGAAUGUUAAGCCUUUGGCUAAGAAAAUUGCUGUCACUGCUGGGUGUAAAACCAUCACAUCAGCUGUCAUGGUUCACUGCCUACGCCAGAAGACAGAGGAAGAAUUGCUAGAGAUCUCACAGAAAAUGAAAUUUCUCACUGUGGAUUUACAUGGAGACCCCAGAGAGCAUUAUGGCUUACUGGGCACUGUGAUAGAUGGAGUGCUACUGCCCAAGAUGCCUGAAGAGAUGCUGGCUGAAAAGGAUUUCAACACUGUCCCCUAUAUUGUAGGAAUCAACAAGCAAGAGUUUGGCUGGGUCAUUCCAAUUUUGAUGGGAAAUUCAAUCCCAGAAGGCAAGCUGGACCAGAUGACGGCCACAUCACUCUUGUGGAAGUUCUACUCCUUUGUUAAUAUUCCCGAGGAACUGACAUCAGUGGCCACCGAGAGGUAUUUAGGUGGGACAGAUGACCCUGUCAAAAAGAGAGAGCUGUUCCUGGACUUAAUGGCAGAUUUGAUGUUUGGUGUCCCAUCUGUGGCUGUGGCCCGUGGCCAUAGAGAUGCUGGAGCCCCAACCUACAUGUAUGAGUUCCAGUAUCGACCAAGCUUCUCAUCAGACUUGAAGCCCAAGACAGUGAUAGGAGACCAUGGGGAUGAGAUCUUCUCAGUGUUUGGGGCUCCAUUUUUAAAAGACGGUGCCUCUGAAGAGGAGAUAAACCUCAGCAAGAUGAUGAUGAAAUUUUGGGCCAACUUUGCUCGGAAUGGGAAUCCCAAUGGGGAGGGACUACCUAACUGGCCAAAGUAUGACCAAAAGGAAGGAUACCUGCAGAUUGGUGCCACCAUCCAGGCUGCCCACAAACUGAAAGACAAAGAAGUGACCUUCUGGACCCAGCUUCUAGCCAAGAAGGCGAAGCCACCUCAAGAAGCAGGCAUUGAGCUCUGAAUAGGAGGCUCACCUAGUUUCAGGAACCUGGAGCAAUCAACACAUUUGGAUUGGACAGAUCCCGUUUGCAGGCCAAAGUGGCAUCUUAUUUUAGAGGCUGAAGAAUUGUUUGUUGGUAUUGGGUAGAAUCCAGUGAUCGGUAACAUUUUCACUCUAGUCCCAAUUUGGAGAUAAAUGUUAUUUUGGACAAAAUAAUCAGUAUCUGUGUUAUGAGGUGGAAAUAAAUCAAUUAUUCUCAAAGAGAUAA